GUGCCUCAAAACACUUCCCCGCGUUUGUGCCCAACUUCUCCCAAACUGUCCCGGGACUCAGAGCUGCGCUUCUCCCGCUCCCCUCAGCUUCCUUAGGAUUUUGUUUCUCAGGGAUGGCCGCAUCUAUUCUGGAGGUAGGGAAUGUAAUUGAAGACGCACGCUAUGGCUCCAGUCCUCUGGCUAUGUUAACUGCUACCUGUAACAAGUUCGGCAGCACAAGCCCCAUCAGGGAUUCGGCUACACCCGGUAAGACCGGCAGCACUACUCCAGUAAAGAAGUCCUACACCAUGACCUCUGACCUUCAGACAGCUAAGAACGGGCGGACCGCAGACGGCAGUGGGCUGGCGGACUCCUACACUGGCUCCUUCACCACAGCUGGAGGAGGAGGUGGCGGGCUGCUUACCCCCACUGGAAGCCCCCCUCCUUCAGCCGGAGGCUACACUACAGAAUAUAACCCUUUCUCCCACUCCUUCCAGACCUCCGUCUCCCAGGACCCGUCUCUUUUAGUGUCCAAGGCCCACGCAACGGCCGACUGCCUCACCAGUGUCUAUACCUCGCUGGACAUGACACACCCCUAUGGCUCCUGGUAUAAAGCCGGUAUCCAUCCUGGCAUUACUGCUGCUCCAGCUAAUGCCACGUCCUCUUGGUGGGAUGUCCACCCCAACUCCAACUGGCUGUCAGCAACCCAGCCCCAGGCGGACGGAGGUCUCCAGGCCUCCCUGCAGCCUGUAGCACCCCAGGCUUCCCUUAGCCCACAGCUGCCCAGUUACAGCACCGACUUUACACCACUCAACCCAGCUCCUUACCCUUCUGUGGGACUGGGCUCCUCCUCGCACCUCCUCCAGCCCUCCCAGCACAUGCUGCCCCAGGACAUGUACAAGCCCAAGCCUGUGCCAAGUGCAGGGCUUAUUGAGAGUCCCAUGGGCCUAAAGCCUGCAAGGGGAUCAGGGGGAUACAGUGGAGGGGGCGCGCCCACCAGGUCCUCAUGUGACUGCCCCAACUGCCAGGAGCUGGAGAGGCUGGGGGCCUCGGCUGCAUCCCUGAGGAAGAAGCCGGUCCACAGCUGCCACAUCCCAGGCUGUGGGAAGGUAUACGGCAAGGCCUCCCACCUCAAAGCCCACCUGCGCUGGCACACUGGCGAGCGGCCCUUUGUUUGCAACUGGCUGUUCUGCGGGAAGCGCUUCACCCGCUCGGACGAACUGGAGAGGCACGUGCGCACCCACACACGUGAGAAGAAGUUCACCUGUCUACUGUGCAACAAGCGUUUCACACGCAGCGACCACCUCUCGAAACACCAGAAGACCCAUGCAGAUUCUGCAAUGCAGGGGAAAGCUGUAGCUGUGGAGGGAGACACAGAUCCUCGGAGUGAAGAGACCACAGAGCUCAACACCAGUGCUGUACCCACCAAUCCUGUCACUGACCAAAUCACCAACGGAGAUGAGAAGACUGGCACACCUAAUGGAGUGGAGAACAGCAGUGGACUGUUGGAGAUCUAACUUCAUUAAGUCGUCUAUCUAGUAUUAUUUUGAGACAUGGUGGGUUUGUUUUUUUAUGGUGAAAAAUUCACCUUUUAAAUAAAAAAAGACAGUAUUUUGUUUCAAGACAUACACAGGAUAUCAGACCAUGUUUGAAAAGACUUGAUAUGAUAAAUUACUGAGCAUGUUGCAGGUAGCAAUCACUUCAUUUUCUCUGGACCACACACACACACACACACGCACACACACACAUCCAUCCUUGUACUUCUAUCUUUGUGAGGACUGUCAUUGAUAUAUUGCAUUUCCUAGCACCUCACCCUAACCUUAACCAUCACAACUAAAUGCCUAACCCCAACCCUAACCAUAACCUAAUUCUAACCUAACCUUCAAACAGCCCUUUGAAGUUGUGAGGACUGGCCAAAAUGUCUUCACUUUUCAAAAAUGUCCACAUUCUGUUGGUAAAAAAAACGUGGUACACUCCUCACUAUGUAGCAAGUACAAGUACAAACACACACACACACAAAUAUGAGCAAGCCUGCAAACAUACACCAAUGCACAAAUGAAUGCAGACAGACACAAAUACGCACACAAAUAAGAGAAACCAAGCCAGGACGUACAUGAACACAAAUAUAACAUGCACAUGUGCACUUACACAUGCACAGAAAUAACUGAGCAAAUUAAUGUGCAAGCAUGCACACACACAGAAGUAUGCCUGCGCACACACAUACAAGUAAACAUGCUCAUGCACACAUUUUGUAGCCUAUAGACAUUUUCUGCCUUUCAAAUGAGACAAACCACUGGGGAAAUUUAAUCUGCAAAAGCAGAAGGAAAAGAGCUCUGAAGCCGCAAAAGGAAAGUAGUUUUAGAAGGAGACUUAUGGUUAGGACGAUGGAGUUGAUGGAGCAUUGCAUGCCUAGAGAAAAAUCUGAUUUACAGCUGUACUUUGAUACUUAUUCAUUAUUCUUGAAACAAUCAAUGGACAGUCUUACUUACCGCUUCACUUUUGUUUGCUGUUUGCUUCUUACUAUGUCUAAUUUAAUUUCAUAUUUACAUAAAUAAUCUAAUUUAUGUCUUAAAUUAUACACAUGGAAGAUUAUCUUCCACCCUGCAGGAAAUAUAAUGCCUGAAAUAACGCAAGAUGGUUGAAGCUGGCCAAUAAGAAAAUAAAAUGCAAUAAAUUAAGAUUUUUUUCUUCUUAUUUAUUAGUUAUAAUGUGGAGUUUGGGGCUAUGUUAUUAAAGAUUUAUUUAUAGAUCUUGAAGUUAGAUGUGCGUGUAAACUAUUUCUAUAUAAUCUUUUAAUUGUGAAGUCUUCCACACUUGGCAAAGUAAUGAUUAAUAAGGGCUUCUCCUUGUUUGUACAUACUAUAUAUUUACAACAGUAUAUAGAUAUUGUUAGGUGUGUUAUUUUUGUACUUUUUUAUGUAUUUUCUAUAUUUUGUGUAACUUUUCACGAUGAAAAAGAUAUCUAUGCUGCAUCAGUUACAACAAACCUAAACAUUAGAGCUUAAUUUGUUGCUCAUGUUGUUGCUCAUGGUAGAAUUGAACUACCACUGUUUGCUGAUUUGUUGUGAAAUGAGUGUAUAAGAUACUGUAAAUAGUGAUAAAGCAUUAAACCUCGUAAAGGUAAACGUGUUGUAAAAGUUGUGGUGUGGAAUCAUGACAAUUUUGGUGCUUUUAAAAGUAAAGAAAUUUCAAAAGCA